UUACUAUCAUAUUGCCAGUAGAUAUCCAAAUUUUAAAACUCCAUGAAAAUCAACUCAAGGAGAUAACCAAUAUUAGUAAGGGUAAAAUUUCAACAACGUAGUAAAAGCAGAUUACAUGUAAUGUUUAGGCAAUAGCAACAAUGAAAAUGCAAAAUAUUCUACUUGAGCACAGUUCUUAUCCAAAAAUCAGAAAGAAUUUUCCCAAAUCAGUAGGUCAUAAUCUCACAGAUGGUAGUAUAGUCCCUUUAGCUCUUCAGCCAAACUUAUAAACAUGUUUCAGACAGCUAGCAUAUUUCAUCUUAUCUGAUAAGGUGAUUCCUUUCCUACACAAAAAAAAAAAACACAGAAAAUGUAAUCCACUGGACUUCACUGAAGCAUUCGAUAUGCUACCAUAUGGGAAGUUAUUAAUUCAGCUGCUGAAAGUGGAAAUUUACACCAGAACUAUAAAAGAGAUAGCGGACUUGACUACUGAUUGUUAGGAAGUACUGAAAUUAUAAGGCUAAAAAGAAGUUACCAGAGUAACUCCUGAACAGUUCAGUCUUGGAGAUGACUCUUCAUUUAGUGACAUUUGCACAAACAAAUAAUUUGCUAGUGAGUCUGCCAAUUACGUGUGGUGAAGGGCUGGAAUAUCCCAUGGGAAAAAAACAGUCAUCUUAGGGAUAGUCAUGAUACCAAAAUAAUUAGAAGUUUAAAAAAAAAUCAGAAAACCAAAAACAGGAUUACUAGAUGUCUCUUGGACAACUCUACCAAUGGAAAUGGCAGAAGACAGAAUGAUCUGGCAACAUUUUCCAUAGACAGGGAGUGUCCUGGGGUGACAGGACAUUUUCAUGCUUUGUAUCCCAAAUCGUGGGUUUGUUUUUUUGUUUGUUUGUUUUUUUUUCCUGUUCCCAUGUUCCCAGUUUGUUUUGUCUAUAGCUGAGCCCCUCCCCCGGCUGCUUGCUUUUGGCUUGCUGCUAGCUUUAGGCUGCUUUGCUGGCUUUGCUCUCUUGCUUUCUGCUUUUUGCUUGCUUUUUGCCAUUUUUCUGCUUUUCUGUUUCCCCUUCUUUCCUUCCUCCCUCCCCUGAAGACAUCGGACCUGCUUCGGGCCCUGAUUCGGGAACAUCAAGGGAAAACCCCCUGGAGUCUGCACCUGAAAGAAGCUUUGGCACCCUCCCCAGCAGAGACUGCUCACCCUCUCUUGGACUGGUGAACACAUUUGUUGUCAUCUCGGACUGUUUUUCUUGUGUUGGGGAGUGUUUUUUCAUUGUUUCUCAAUAAACAAGUUUUUUCCACUUUUCCUCUGAGGAAAUUCCUCCCGAACCCGGUGGUGGGGGAGGGAGUUGUGGGAAUUUUCCCCUAAAUUUGUCCUAAACUAGGACAAACAUUUUUUGGUGGCCCGUACGGGGGGGGCGAUCAUACAAAGUGGAAAAGACUUUAUUCUAAUAAUAUUUUGGUUUCUGUUGUUUUGUGGGCAUAUUGGUAUGUCUCUUUUUGAAGGUAUAAUGUCAUUUGGAGUGAAAGCCUGCCUUUAUUUCUGGUCAUUAGGGUUCUUUGAAGUUUUAAUACCUUUUUGGUCGUUAGGUUUAUUCUCUUAUCCAGCAAUAGCUCCGGUAUUGUCCCUAAUGCGUAGCUUUUGUAACCGUGGGGCGCUAACCAGAAUAUUUAUCGGGCUGGGCUUGGUUGUGAUGAUUUGCAAGAGGUUUAUAAAAAUGUUGCUAUCGUUUCCAGGAAUGGAUGGUUCAUGGUUGUGGUUGUGUACUCAGUUUGUUAGGGGAGAAGCAGGGGAGGAAGCUUUUCAGCCUUUGCUCUCCUUCUUCUCCUCCGAAUUGUUUACAUCUCUAUUAGAAAAUGUUUGGUCCUCCCUGACUGCCAAGGAUACCAUCUUUCUGGCAUUUAAUUUAGUAAGCUUUCUUUAUACUGUCUGCAGUUUAUAUAAGAUGAAGGCUGAGAUUUCUAGAGGGGCUGGUGAGACUCCUGAUUUAGGAGUAAAACCAAGGGUGAAGAAUUCUGAGUGGCGUGGGAAAUGGGAGGAUAUGGGCCAAAUUUUAAAGGAGUUUUCUGAUCCUGUAGUCUGGGACUUUCCAUCUGAACAAAUUCAGAACCCAGCUGAGGUGGUAAAGUAUCUGAAAGAGAGGUGCCAUGGUAACACUAAGGAGGAAAGGAUCAUUGCAGUGAGCUGGGCCCUGGCACAUGCUUAUCGCACCCUGCUAGAUACUGUAGGGCAGCAGAUAGAGGAAAGGGAGCAGGGAGAUAAAUUAGUUACUGUCCCAGUCACUCAGGCUGCAGCAAACAUCCCAGGCUCCAGGCCAGUAGUUAAACCAGAGAGUAAGCCCCAACCAAUGGCUGUUGCUGCAAAUACAAAAGGUGGAAAGUGUAAAAGCAAGACUGACCGAAGGGUGGAGGAUGAUGAUGAUCCAAGAGAAGGACCAUCACCAAAAUCAGAGACCACAGCAAGUGGCAUAGAUUCCGGAGCCAAUAUUGAUUCCUUCUCCCUGAAGGACCUUCGAGGCCUAAGGAAGGAUUAUAGGCGACAGCCCGAUGAGUCUAUAGUUAGUUGGCUAGUCCGCCUUUGGGAUGCGGCAGGGGAGGCUACCAUUCUGGAUGGCACUGAAGCGAGGCAUUUAGGAUCCCUGUCACAUGAUCCUGUCAUCGACCAAGGCAUGAUGAGGAGGGCUAGCCCUCACAGCCUCUGGGAACGGGUCCUGGACAGCGUAGCACAAAGAUACCUGUGUGCAGAUGACCUUUAUAUUCAGCAGACACGGUGGAAGACCAUAGAACAGGGGAUCCAAUGCCUGAGGGAGAUGGCAGUGGUAGAGAUCAUUUUUUCAGAUGAUAUAACAACUAGGAAUCCAGACUUCAUACCGUGCACACCUGUAAUGUGGAGGAAAGUUGUGCGCCUUGGGCCACCUUAAUACGCUUCUGCUCUAGCAAUAAUGAAGCGGGAUGAGAUAUAUGAGACUGUGCUUGAUAUGGCAAAGAAGCUUCGGGCAUAUGCAGAUGCUGUACAUGGCCCGACUCAUGCCAGAAUUGCAGCUGUGGAAACACGACUGCAGAAAUUAGAAGAUAAAAUAGAGGAAAGUCGUAAGAAACUCAGGGAAGAGAUUAAGGAGGACCUCCUCCAAAUCUCAGCUGUACAAAUUAGAGGCCCUAGUAUCCAACGCAGACAUUCCUCUCUUGGGGAGAGAAGGUACACCCCACGAGCUGAGUUGUGGUUCUUCCUACGUGAGUCUGGAGAAAACAUGAGGAGAUGGGAUGGGAAGCCUACUGCUGCUCUGGCACAACGGGUGCGUGAAUUGAAGGAAGGUAGGAAAAGGGAAGCAGCUCCAGUUGCCCGUACUCGAACUGUCAGGCAUAAUGAUGACGAUGACUUGUCCGAUCCCCUUGAAGGAACCUCCAAGACAUAUGUCUCAGGAAAGAAGGAUAACCAGGCUUAGAGGGGCCCUGCCUCUAGCCAGGUAGAGGUUAGGGAAAACCUAGUUUUUUGGACAGUAUGGGUUCUAUGGCCUGGCACAUCAGAGCCACAGAAAUAUAAAGCUUUGGUUGACACCGGUUCUCAGUGUACCCUAAUGCCAUCAGAACAUGAGGGAACAGAACCUAUUUCUAUUGCCGGGGUGACAGGGGGAUCACAAGAAUUGACCCUGUUGGAAGCCAAGGUGAGCCUGACCGGGAAGGAGUGGCACGAACAUCCGAUUGUGACUGGCCCAGAGGCUCCGAGUAUUCUGGGCAUAGACUAUCUCAGGAAUGGCUAUUACAAAGACCCUAAGGGGCUCAGAUGGGCUUUUGGAAUAGCUGCCGUGGAGGCAGAGGGCAUUAAGAAAUUGAACACCUUGCCUGGACUGUCAGAGAACCCAUCUGCAGUAGGACUCCUGAAGGUAGAAGAGCAACGAGUACCUGUUGCCACCUCGACAGUGCAUCGCCAGCAGUAUCAAACAAAUCGAGAUGCUGUGAUCCCCAUCCACAAGAUGAUCCGAGAGCUGGAGAGCCAAGGGGUGGUCAGCAAAACCCACUCACCCUUCAACAGUCCCAUCUGGCCUGUGCGUAAAUCUGAAGGAGAAUGGAGAUUGACUGUGGAUUACCGUGCUUUGAAUGAAGUGACUCCACCGCUGAGUGCCGCUGUGCCGGACAUGCUGGAACUCCAGUACGAGCUGGAGUCCAAGGCAGCAAAGUGGUACGCCACAAUCGACAUCGCUAAUGCGUUUUUCUCCAUUCCUCUGGCUGCAGAAUGCAGGCCUCAGUUUGCUUUCACCUGGAGGGGCGUGCAGUACACCUGGAACCGACUGCCCCAGGGGUGGAAGCACAGUCCUACCAUCUGUCAUGGACUGAUCCAGACUACGCUAGAAAAGGGUGAGGCUCCAGAACAUUUACAAUACAUUGAUGAUAUCAUUGUGUGGGGAAACACAGCAGCAGAAGUGUUUGAGAAAGGAGAGAAGAUCAUCCAGAUUCUCCUGGAAGCUGGCUUUGCCAUUAAGAAAAGUAAAGGGACCUGCUCGGGAGAUCCAGUUCCUGGGAGUGAAGUGGCAAGAUGGACGGCGCCAGAUUCCUUCUGAUGUCAUCAACAAAAUCACAGCUAUGUCCCCACCAACCAACAAGAAGGAAACACAAGCUUUCUUAGGUGCUAUAGGUUUCUGGAGGAUGCACAUUCCUGAAUACAGUCAGAUUGUGAGCCCUCUUUACUUGGUUACCCGUAAGAAGAAUGAUUUCUAUUGGGGCCCUGAACAGCAGCAAGCCUUUGCCCAGAUCAAGCAGGAGAUUGCUCAUGCGGUAUCCCUUGGCCCAGUCAGGACAGGACCAGAGGUGAAGAACGUGCUCUACUCUGCAGCCGGGAACCAUGGCCUGUCCUGGAGCCUUUGGCAGAAGGUGCCUGGUGAGACCCGAGGCCGACCACUGGGAUUCUGGAGUCGGAGCUACAGAGGGUCUGAAGCCAACUACACCCCAACAGAGAAAGAAAUGUUGGCCGCAUAUGAAGGAGUCCAAGCUGCUUCAGAAGUGAUUGGUACCGAGCCACAACUCUUCCUGGCACCUCGACUACCCGUGCUGGGGUGGAUGUUUAGAGGAAAGGUUCCCUCCACCCACCAUGCUACCAAUGCUACAUAGAGCAAGUGGAUUGCCCUCAUUACACAGCACGCCCAAAUUGGGAAACUAAAUCGUCCUGGGAUUCUGGAGGUAAUUACCAAUUGGCCUGAAGGUGAAAGCUUCAGUCUCACUGGUGAAGAGGGAGAAGAGCAAGUGACCCGUGCUGAAGAAGCUCCACCAUAUAACCAACUGCCGGCAGAAGACACACGCUACGCUCUUUUUACUGAUGGUUCCUGUCGCCUUGUGGGGAUGAACCGGAAGUGGAAAGCAGCCGUAUGGAGCCCCACACGACAAGUCGCACAAGCUAUCGAAGGAGAAGGUGGAUCGAGUCAACUCGCGGAGCUCAAAGCUGUUCAGUUGGCCCUGGACAUUGCUGAAGCAGAGAAGUGGCCAAAACUUUACCUUUAUACUGAUUCCUGGAUGGUAGCCAAUGCUCUGUGGGGAUGGCUGAAGAGAUGGAAGGAGGCGAACUGGCAGCUCAGAGGAAAACCAAUUUGGGCUGCUGAAGAAUGGAAAGACAUCGCUACCCGGUUAGAGAAACUACCUGUGAAGUCUCACCAUGUCCCUAGAAGCAGAGCUAAUGAGGAGCAGCAGAACAAUCAGCAGGUAGAUCAGGCUGCAAAGAUAGGGGAGUUGAAGAUAGAUCUUGACUGGGAGCACAAAGGAGAGCUGUUCCUAGCACGAUGGGCCCAUGAUGCCUCAGGCCACCAGGGUAGACAUGCCACCUAUAAGUGGGCACGAGACCGAGGGGUGGAUCUAACCAUGGACAGCAUUUCUCAGGUUAUUCAUGACUGUGAGACAUGUGCUGCCAUUAAACAGGCUAAGCGGGUGAAGCCCCUCUGGUAUGGGGGGCGGUGGUCCAAGUACAAGUAUGGGGAGGCUUGGCAGAUUGAUUACAUCACGCUGCCUCAAACCCGCCAAGGCAAGCGCCAUGUACUAACCAUGGUAGAAGCCACUACGGGAUGGUUGGAAACCUACCCCGUGUCUCAUGCUACAGCCCGCAACACCAUCCUGGGCCUUGAAAAGCAGGUCCUUUGGAGGCAUGGUACUCCUGAGAGGAUUGAGUCAGACAAUGGGACUCAUUUUAAAAAUAAUCUUAUUAACAACUGGGCUAGGGCACAUGGCAUCGAGUGGGUGUACCACAUCCCCUACCAUGCACCAGCUGCAGGUAAAGUGGAGAGGUACAAUGGAUUGUUAAAAACCACUUUGAAAGCACUGGGUGGGGGGUCUUUCAAGAACUGGGAGCAGCAUUUAGCAAGAGCCACCUGGUUAGUUAACACUCGAGUUUCCACCAACCGAGCAGGUCCUGCCCAGUCUGAGCCCCUUAAUAUAGUAGAUGGAGAUAAAGUCCCAGUGGCCCAUGUCAGAGGUUUGUUGGGGAAGACAGUAUGGAUUAAUCCUGCCUUGAGUACAGGCAAACCCAUUCGUGGGAUUGUCUUUGCUCAAGGACCAGGUUAUACCUGGUGGAUAAUGCAGAAAGAUGGGACAACCCGUUGUGUACCUCAGGGAGAUCUGAUUGUGGGAUGAUAUCAUUGUUCGCUGAGCAUUACCACCAUUGUCUGUACGUUAGAUCAUACAGAUAUGAGACAGAAGGAAACAUGAAAGUGUCAAAGGUCUGAGCAAGUAAGAUGGAAGGAAAUGUGUAAGUGUGGAAGGUUUGAGCAAGUGAGAAGAAAGUUGGUUUUUUUGUGUUCAGUAACAUGUUCACGAUAUGGGAUAAGGGGUGGAAUGUCCUGGGGUGACAGGACAUUUUCAUGCUUUGUAUCCCAAAUCGUGGGUUUUUUUUUUUCCUGUUCCCAUGUGCCCAGUUUGUUUUGUCUAUAGCUGAGCCCCUCCCCCGGCUGCUUGCUUUUGGCUUGCUUGCUGCUAGCUUUAGGCUGCUUUGCUGGCUUUGCUCUUUGCUUUCUGCUUUUUGCUUGAUUUUUUUUGCCAUUUUUCUGCUUUUGUGUUUCCCCUUCUUUCCUUCCUCCCUUCCCUGAAGACAUCGGACCUGCUUCGGGCCCUGAUUUCGGGAACAUCAAGGGAACACCCCCCGGAGUCUGCACCUGAAAGAAGCUUUGGCACCCUCCCCAGCAGAGACUGCUCACCCUCUCUUGGACUGGCUGUGUAGAUGAUAUUGUAACUGUAUUGGCUGAAGAACAUGGUUUCCUUGAUAUUAUUAAGGACCUUUCUGAAAAUAUCAUAGCUCUACUGAAGAAAUGCCUUAUGUUGCAGCCUUCUAAGAGGCAAG